AUGUUCAGAAUCGACUUGUACUUCGAAAGAGUGCAAGGGUUUUUGCCCCUCUUUCAUCGGCCGACGUUUUAUGACACUUAUGUCACUCUCCCUAUACACGAAAAAUACGUGAAUCUAGACAGGGACUCUGCUCUUAUACUAUACACGAUGAUGUCCCUGUCUGCUCGGUAUUCUUCCCUACCGUAUCUCGAAACCGCACACGCCAGAGACCGCGGUGUCCCACUUGCACGUCAAGCGCGAGCACUGUUUGGCAGUGCGACCCUCGCCGAUCCGGCGGCCCUCACGCUAAAACUACUGCAAGGUACAAUCCUAUUCGCAUAUUACAAUCAGUCAUCAAAUCUGUCCUGGGGAACUGACAUUCUGAUUGGGGUUUGUGUACGAUAUGCUUAUAAACUUGGCCUACACGCUCUCGAUGAAGACUAUCUGAACAACCCUGAUCACUCACCGGUACAGCUGAGCAAUGCGCAGUGGGUAUUGAGAGAGGAAAAGAGGCGAGCGUGGUGGUCUGUCUGGGAGCUCGACACAUUCGACGCCAUCAUCUGCCGACGGCCAUUCGCGAUCGCCAGGCAUCGUGUUCACGUACUGUUACCCGUGUCUGAUGCUGCAUGGUUCUCAGGAUCACAGGUUGCAUCGCCCAUGUUCGAUCCAGACAUCUCGCGAUUCUGGAAAUGCCUUGGAGAGUCUCCUAAUCAAGACGAGAGAGCCUGGUUUCUUGUCAGCAACUAUAUCAUGGCUUACAUUCACGAACAAGGCCAAAAGGCGCCCUCGCCUAGACCGAAUAUCGAGGAAAUGAGGACUAUUCUGGCGUGCUUUGUGCUCCUUGCUAACGAAAAGCUCCACCUCCCAGCCAACCACAGCGUGGAUGCAAGCAACUGGAAGUUUUUGAUCAAGCUGAUGACAAUCUCGUAUGACAUCUACCCAAAUCUAGUGCCGAGCAAGCAUCUAAUAACCUCUCACAGGAGCACCAUCAUCCUCGGCCUGUUGGAACGGAACACCCUGUCCACACCUCUCUUUACAGUGUCAAAUCGUAUGUCCUCUGCGCUGCUGCGAGGGUUCAUUGCUCGAGGCCACUCCAGCACGAGCGGGAGCCUCGACAAAUUUCGUGAACCGAUAACAGACUUUUUUCGAAUACUACAAUCCUGGAAUCCAGAACACAUAGCGUUUGCCCCUCCAACUAUGGCUUGCCUUCUCUUGGGACCUGGGAACGUGAACCUUGGAAUGGCACUUCGGUUGCGGAAGCCCACCGAUAGCCAACCAGCUGGAACGCAAUCGUCCCUUGAAGAAGAUCUUUUGACGCUUAUUCUCGCCCACUUUGCACGGUAUUGGAAUAUUGGACAUCGCGUUUUGAGUAAGUGA